UUUGACAGUUUAGUUGCAGUUUGCAUUUGACGUGUUAUUCAAAAUUUAUAACUAAUUUAUUUACUCUCUUUUUGUAACAAAAGUCGUUACGUCUACUUACCUGUCUCGCAAAAUGUUUGCUUUAUCUUUUUCACAUGGUUAACUUAAAAUGGAGCAACCCUACGAAGACUCACCGUCUUUCAGCGAAGAAGCGGCUAGUUUCGCUGAUAACCUCGAAACUCCCUUACCUGGCGACUUCUACGCCGUCUUCAUCCCACAAGACGUUCGCCAGAAAGGCACCCAAGCAUGCGACUGCAUCUUCAAGGACAAAGUCGAAGCCAUGAAGAUGGUGAAGAAGACGAAGAAAGCUCGCUUCAAACAUUUCGAAUUUUUGCCUGAAGCGUUGAAAUUCGCAAGUGUGGGCGUUGUGGAGGCUCCGAAUUCUCCACUCGUUAACGAAUCGGUCAAAAGUUUAAAUUCGCAGAUUGUUAACGAAAGACUGAGCCCUUUCAAGGGCCCCAAACCUCAGGAUCUCGUCAAGUUGCGCAAGGCUAUUGAGACGGGGGAUGUGGACACGUUCAGACAAGCGGUCUGGGAGAACCCCAGAUAUCUAGUCAGCAGUGGAGACACCCCGUCCAUCCUCCAGGAAGGUUUUCGUUACAACGCGCUUCACGUAGCGGCGAAAGCGAAAAACGGAGUCUUGGCCGAACUUAUCUUGAGCACCAUUUCGAAUCCGGAAUUUGUCAAACUCUUAUAUGGUGAUGACGCUAAUGAAAAUGUUGAAACUCGCAUUCAGGUCUUGCUAGACUUGUAUCUAAAUACUCCUGACAAGGGUCUCAACGAGACACCACUCCAUUUCGCUUCCAAAUUCGGUGCGCUGGACGUCGUCGAAGUCUUGGUUUCGUUUCCCGAGUGUGAUAAAAAAUUAAAAAAUAAAUACGGACAAACUCCAGACAUGAUUAUUUGUGAUCGUUGCGACAAUAUUGAAGCGUCGACUGUUAUUAAAAAGAAAAUUGCUUUGCAUUUAGAAAACUCGUAUUACGUUCCUGUGCUUCGAGCGGAGGAUAACUCCGUGGCACCACUGAUUGGUGAACCGUUUUCGCCUGGACGAUCACCGGUCGUCAAUAAGGACCCUUUGAGUCCACGAUUAGAGAUUCACGCCUUUGCUGGACCAAUGAACAAAGAAGGGGCGGAGCAAUUCCGUAAAGUGUGGAAGACUCCACCCCGGACAAGUACACCAAUCAAGAAACGCCACGAUGAUUCUUUUGAUUCGGUGUUUUCUUUGCGGUACACAGACCCAUCGAAAGGUUUGGAGCGAUUAGGUCAGAAAUUGGCCAAUAAAUUUGACGUUAAUUGGAAAGAGUAUUGGUCGUUUUUGGAUUGUUUCGUUGAUAUUGCGUCCAAUGAAGGUUUAGCUUUGGUGGAGAAUUAUCUAUUGGCGAAAGUCAUAUCAAUGGAUAAGUCAUACUUAUCACCGGAUUCGCCGGAGGAAAUGACGAAAAAAUCCUUAAGUACGAUCGCGGAUUUGUGUUUGCAAAUGCAGAAUUGUAACAUUAAUGAAAGUUGCGAGGAAAAGUCCGGUUUUAAUUCGUUUUUAUGUGUUGAAAAGGCUUGUAACGUUUUUGCGAAUCGAAUCGCGAGUGAGAUUUAUCAUCGGAUAUUUGAUGAUUUUUCAUUGCAAGUUUCCCUUCUCGAAAUGCAAACAAAACAAGUCGAAUUAUUGAUUUUAAGUUAUUUAGACGAUUACCGUUUUAACAAAAUUAAUUUCUCUCAAUUGCAUCCCCGGUUAGGUCUGUUGACAAGUCAGAAAAUGUGCUAUUUUAUCGAAAAAUCAUCGCGAAAUAAUUACAUCCAAAACAUUAACAAAUUCGUAACCGAGUGUGUGAAAGCGUUCGAUUGUUUUUCAUCCGACGAUGAGGGGAAUUACCCGAAAGACAACAAGCCGACAUCAUCAAAAAAACAAUUGAUCUGUUUGAUGCAAAACAUUUUAAAUAAUUUUAAUCAAGACACUGAGCCGUGUCACGAAUUGGACGAAGAACAAGUAUGCCGAGACGCUUGGAUCAAAACAAAAGAGUGUACGUGCGUUUUCCAUUUCAAAAAGUCGCGAAAAACUCUCGGGUUGAGUCGGAAUAACAGCGCGAGGCACUCACGUAUGAAGACAGCAAAGAAACUGUUUUUUGAACGGAUUGAUGUGGAAACUUCAUCAUCGGAUGAUGAUUUCUACACGCCACCUGAAAGCCCGAGCAAAAUUUAUGAUUCGGACAAUGAAGCAGAUUUUAGUGAUGUUCCUCUGACCGUCGAAGUGUUUAUUGAAGGGACGCAGCCGACUAAGAUUGACAACGCCCUCUAUAAAGCUUUAAAAUUAUCAGAUUGUUGUAUAACUCCGGGAAAAUACCCGAAUAUUUACAGGUGGUUCCAUAAUGUUGGGCUUUAUUCAGAGGCGGAGCGUGAGAGUUGGCCCCGGUCGAAGAUCAACACUCCGCCUCACUCGUCAUUAGCCACGCCUCCGCGCUACGCCUCCUCGAAAGUAACGUUCCAAUCGCCUUCUUCCAGUUCGUGGCUCCGGAUCACUGGUGCGAAUUCACCUCGAGCAAGUCUUCAAAAAUUAAACUAAGAAGAAAUAUUUUUAUUUGUGCCUAAACUAAUUAAGUGUCAAUUUCAUAGUUAUGUAUUAUAUUUUGUACAAACGUUUCUAUUUUGUUAACUGUUUCACUGAAUGAGAAAUAAACUAUUUUGUAACUAG